CAGGAAACAAUAGAGGCCGCGCGCGCGGAGCGAGCGCCCGUCGCUUCCCCGCCCCUCCUGCAACGCACGACCCCGGGAUCUUUUUCCCCCCCUCCUCCCAACCCCUCCCGGCUCUUCUGCCGCCAUGGCUGACAAGGAAGCUGCCUUUGACGACGCGGUGGAAGAACGUGUGAUCAACGAGGAGUACAAAAUAUGGAAGAAGAACACCCCUUUUCUUUAUGAUUUGGUGAUGACCCAUGCCCUGGAGUGGCCCAGUUUAACUGCCCAGUGGCUUCCAGAUGUAACCAGGCCUGAAGGGAAAGAUUUCAGCAUUCAUCGGCUUGUCCUGGGAACACACACAUCUGAUGAACAAAACCACCUGGUGAUAGCCAGUGUCCAGCUCCCUAAUGAUGAUGCUCAGUUUGAUGCAUCACACUAUGACAGUGAAAAAGGAGAAUUUGGAGGUUUUGGCUCUGUCAGUGGGAAAAUUGAAAUAGAAAUCAAAAUCAACCAUGAAGGAGAAGUAAACCGGGCUCGGUACAUGCCCCAGAACCCUUGCAUCAUUGCAACCAAGACUCCAUCCAGUGAUGUGCUUGUUUUCGACUACACAAAGCACCCUUCUAAACCAGACCCUUCUGGAGAGUGCAACCCAGAUUUGCGUCUCCGUGGACAUCAGAAAGAAGGUUAUGGUCUUUCUUGGAAUCCAAAUCUCAGCGGGCACUUACUUAGUGCUUCAGAUGACCAUACCAUCUGCCUAUGGGACAUCAGUGCCGUUCCAAAAGAAGGAAAAGUGGUGGAUGCAAAGACCAUCUUUACAGGACAUACAGCAGUAGUAGAGGAUGUUUCCUGGCAUCUGCUCCACGAGUCUCUGUUUGGGUCAGUUGCUGAUGAUCAGAAGCUUAUGAUUUGGGAUACUCGUUCAAACAAUACUUCCAAGCCAAGCCACUCGGUCGAUGCUCACACUGCUGAAGUGAACUGCCUGUCCUUCAAUCCUUAUAGUGAGUUCAUUCUUGCCACAGGAUCAGCUGACAAGACUGUUGCCUUGUGGGAUCUGAGAAAUCUGAAACUCAAGUUGCAUUCCUUUGAAUCACAUAAGGAUGAAAUAUUCCAAGUCCAGUGGUCACCUCACAAUGAGACUAUUUUGGCUUCUAGUGGUACUGAUCGUAGGCUGAAUGUCUGGGAUUUAAGUAAAAUCGGAGAAGAACAGUCCCCAGAAGAUGCAGAAGAUGGCCCACCAGAGCUGUUGUUUAUUCAUGGUGGUCACACUGCCAAGAUAUCUGAUUUUUCCUGGAAUCCCAAUGAACCUUGGGUGAUUUGUUCUGUAUCAGAAGACAAUAUCAUGCAAGUGUGGCAGAUGGCAGAGAACAUUUAUAAUGAUGAAGACCCUGAAGGAAGCGUGGAUCCAGAAGGACAAGGAUCCUAAACAUGUCUGCACUUGUGCUUUAGACUCCCCUUGUUGUCCUCUGAACCCUAGAAGGAUUGAACACUGGUUUGAGACACAGACUUUGUUCAGCUCUCCGGCUACAAUAGGUGCCACCAACAAUACUAUUAGCCCAAACCAUGGGGGUUUUCUAAUCUUAACUGGGGGACUUAAUUCAACAAAGCCACAGACUUAUAUUUAAAUUUUUCUUCAGGAAUUUUCUAGUAACAAACCAGGUCUAAAGCAUCUUCAGAAAUGGGGCAUAUUAUGUGUGAUUAUUUUUCUUCUUAAGCUAUAUCCCCAAGUUUUUCAGAUUCUCAAGUAAGAGGCCAGAGUGGAUAAGGAAUAGAGCCAAGUGAAGUAGGUGUCUGAGCCAUGACUAAAGCUAUUGCGAGAUGUCGUUUUUUAUUCAGGAAUUAGGGGAGAGUCAAGUCAUAGAGUUUAAAGUCCUCACACCUGGCUUUCCAGGAUGCACAUUUUCCUAUAUAAACCAGAGUUUUGGUUUCUUUAGUUAAGACAACACGUUCCUCCUUCCCUUUAUAUUUUUGCUCAUUAGUGUAUUUCUUGAGCUGUUUCCAUAUUAUUCUUUUCCUUUCUGUGAAAUGGUUUUUGUUGUGUGUGGUUUUUUGUUUUUGUUUUUUUUUUUUAAACUUGGGACCACCAAGUUGUAAGGUGUAUGUUUUUAACUGACAGUCAUACCACUGGUGAACUGUCAAGUUGAGAAAGAGUGAAUUGCUAGUUUGUCUUUGUUUUUAAAAUUAAAUUAAUCCUUGAUAAGAGUUGCUUUCCUAGGGGUUAGUCCUUGACCACUAUAGUUUGAUGCCCUCUCCGUUUUGGUUGACCUGUCUCAGCAUCGGGCCUGUUACUCUCCAUGACUAACUGUGUAAGUGCUUAUAAAGGAAUAAAUUGCUUUUCUAUGAU